AUGGAAAUGUUUGAGAGGAUGGAAACCCACCAUGAGAAAUAUGGAUUAGUACUCAUCGCCUUGGGCGCCAUUGUCCCCAUUGCAAGCUCUUGGCUUCGCUUCCUACCAUUGCCCAAGCUUUUCAAAGCCAAAGUCAGCGCCGCUAUUAUAGACCCGCCCUUAUUCGGCAGCCGCCACCAAGCGCCCUACUUCAACAUGUUCAUCAUGCCCACCCGUGGCCAGGCGAUGCUCAUCGCGUAUAUCGUGGUCCUCAACUUCGUACUCAGUGGAGUGGACAUCCAGUCGGCGCAGCCCAAUGCUUGGUGGUGGGACAACCAGUUACAGGAAGUCCUUACCUCUGUCGCCAACCGCACUGGUGUUCUCAGCUUUGCGAACGUACCAUUGCUCAUUCUGUAUGCCGGCAGAAACAACUUUCUGUACUGGUUGACAGACUGGACACAGUCGACAUUCAUGGUCAUGCAUCGUUGGACUGCAUACCUGUGUACCCUUCAAGCUAUCAUGCACUCUAUCAUAUGGCUUCGCAUAUAUGUCGUCUUAGGAUGGCAUGAUAGCGAAUCGAAGCUUGCUUACUGGGUGUGGGGCAUCAUCGCAACGCUUGCGAUGAGCCUGCUACUCCCAGCGUCAGCCAUUCCCUUCCGUGCCAAGAUGUACGAGAUGUUCUUCUUUUGGCACAUCGUACUUGCUGUCUUCUCGGUGGUAGGUUGCUACCUGCAUAUUAUAUACCGCUUCAACCAUCAAUGGGGAUACGAGAUUUGGAUGUACAUCGCCAUAGCAGUCUGGGGAUUCGACCGCGUUGCCAGGCUUGCCAGGAUGGCCAGAAAUGGCUGGCGGCAAGCCGUUAUCACAGUCAUUGACGACGAAUACGUCCAAGUUGACAUAGAAGGGGCAAAGGGACACGGACACGCCUAUCUAUACUUCCCGACGCUAACGUGGAGAAUCUGGGAAAGUCAUCCCUUCUCCAUCAUGGGAACUAGAGUGAGAUCUGCGGAUCCUCCGCGAUCAUCCUCGGGAAGCUCAACCGAGAAGUCACUGGGGUCGACAUCCAAGCUUUCCAGCACCACAGCCGCCGAUGUGGUCAUCAUCCACGAACCGCCUCAUGUUGGCCUUUUCUUCUUAAUCCGAACCUUUGACGGCGCCACAGGCAUGCUUCGCCAUAAGACCCGACUCCCCGUUCUCGUCGAGGCAGACUAUCUGCCGUACCCCGACUUGACCAAGUAUCAAACCCUCAUAUGCAUCGUUGGAGGUGUCGCAAUCACAGCUGUAGCACCAGCUUUACGUGCUUACCCAGGACACGCUAAGGUGUACUGGUCAUGCAGGAGUCCUGGUCUGGUCGAAAUCGUUGACCUUGAUCGUAUUGACACGGACAUCCUGGUAGGCGAGAGGUUCAAGUUGCGCAAUGUUCUGGAAGAAGAGAUUGCAAAAGCCAAGGGAGAUACGGCCGUCGUCGUGGGUGGUCCCGCAGCUAUGACUGACGAAGUGCGGUGCGUUGUCAGCGAACUGGCAGGCAAAGCACCGAUCCCAGUGACUUUGAUUGAUGAAACCUACUACUGGUAG